AUGGAAAACAUCAAAGUCGUACUGAGUGAAGAUUUGAUUGGGGGAAAAGUGCACAGAAAUCUCCAAUUGCUCUUAAAAGAGGAAGAAGAAAAAGAUAAAAAUGAAACUCAAUUCAGUAAAAUGCUGCAAGGAGAAUAUUUCGAAACGGAGGAAGAGAAGCAGACAGCAUUUGUGAACAACACCUGUUAUAUAUACACAAAUUUUACAUACAAACCUCACUUUGUUUUGAAUCAUGAAAGGAAAAACGAAAUAGAUAUAACUGAAAAUUGUAGUGAAGACACAGAGUUACGUUCAUAUCAAAGACAGGAAGAAACAUAUCGAAACGAAUAUCACCUAGCAUUGAUACUUUUCAUUAUUGAUGAAAAUUACAUAGAAAAUAAUAAUCCUCUUGAAAAAACAUCCAUUUUGGAAAAAAUAGAAAAAUUGAAAAAAGAACAUGGGCAAGAUACUAAGAUUAUUUGUCUCUUCAUAGGAAUACGCGAACUUGUAAACAGAACAAAUUAUGGGAAAUCAAUUAAUCACUUGUAUGAUAAAAGCAUGUCAGAGGAUAUGUUCAUGUGUGAUAGGGAAUGUGUCAAGAUGAAUAACAAUCAGUUCGAUCAACUCAUUGCAACAUUACUUGUUAGUUACCAUGUUGAUUCUAUCGAAAUGGAAAACGACAACGCAUUGCAUAAAUUCAUCUUUAAAUGUUGUAAAUAUUUAUAUCAAUCCAAAAUUAGAAAGCUGAAUUCUUAUUUUAAAGUUAAACCAUCUGGUAUAAAUCAAAUGAAGCAUACUUCCUCCCUAGGGACCAAGGGAGAGGAUAAAAAUUUCUCUACUUGGGUUUCGCAACUAAUGCAAAUCAGUGGCAUAUCUGAAGAUAUUUCUAUAAAAAUUGCAGAAACGUUUAAUACACCUUUCGAUUUAAUUAUGCAUUUUAAAAAAGUAGAUGAUGAGGAAUGCUUAAAGGACUUAAUUGUCAGUUCGUCCUAUGGGGACAGGCGGUUAGGCAAAGCUCUCUCCCGUAAAAUAUUUCGCGUUUUUUCUUCUCACGCGAGGCCCGAUAAUUACGUUUCCUAG